CCACGUCAAGUCAAUGUUGACAGGUUAGUGGUCUGCACGUCGCGUCUCGACGGUGCUAUACUUGAAAUUGACGCACUUAUGGACGACGACUAUUACAGCUUGCAGUCUAUCCUGGCUGACAAUCAUAAACUGUCAUGUACCUUCACACUGGACGUGCCGGGUCUUGGCUAUCUAGAGGGGAGUACAGAGCCAGAUAUACAUCAGAAUUCAAAAGUCGAAAUACCAUUCUGGCUGGCUCAGACCCUGUCUCUGAAUGAAUUCACGACAUUCCCCUUGCCCCCGGCUUAUUCGAACCGUGUAAGAGCGGCCCUAAAUGCCUCAGCUCCAUCGGUCAAAUUAUCGCACCUUGUUGGUGGAGGAGGAUGCUGGUAUCGCUGGGGUCGGCGCAUAGCGGAAGUCCUCGAUGAUCAACCUCAAGCGGAUCUACUGAACAUGCUCCUCAACGCCUUCCUCGCUCGUUUACCGCCACUGCAAGAUCUUUCCGCUCAUAUUGCUUCCGCCGAUCAUUCCAUACCCGAGGGCGACGCCGGUUCAGGCGAAUCGUUCAGGGAAGGCAUGGAAGGAGAUGAGAGAGAUUUGUUCUCGGUCGGGCAGGACAGCGCUCGAAUCACAAAAGCUUGGUACGAUUCAAAUGGCCGAAAGGCCGGCGGUCGGUGAACUGGAUUAAGACACUCAAGAGAACCUUUGUAAUCGUUG